ACCGCUGAGGAUUUUCAUUUUUAUCUGAGACCUAUGAGAAGAUACACGGGUCUGAAAUCAGAUUACAGGCAGCCACACCAAUACUUGGCCUUUGUCCCCUCGCUCCUUCCUGCUCUAACUGUCACUGUGUUUGACUUUCACCGUGAGAGAGAGGAGAGUUACUCACUCGUACACCUCCCUUCUUCUUUUUUUUUGCAUCGCCCACUUUUUCCACUAACUUCCUUCUGACUUAAACGGAGGAAAAGUUGUAGCGAGAGAAGAGAAAGAGAGGCAGCAGCAGAGGCAGCAGCAGCAAAUAGGAGAAUAAUAAUAAAAAAAGAAGGUAAAAAAAAAAAACAUGUGUUGUACAGGACAAUGUGCCCGUGUGGUGGGCCUGAUCCUGCUGCCUUCAGCGUUCAUCUGCAUGAUCGCAAACCUGCUGCUGUUCUUCCCCGACGGGAAGAACCUGGACAGUGAUCAGAUCUCCCUCCAGGUCUGGCUCAUGGGGGGGUUCAUCGGAGGAGGCCUCUUUAUGCUGUGCCCGAGCUGCUCGGCUAUCAGGGCCGGGGGCAAGGGUUGCUGCGGAACAGGUUGCUGUGGUAACCGUUGCCGGAUGUUGAACUCUGUGUUCUCUUCUGCUUUCGGACUGGUUGGAGCGAUCUACUGCACCAGUGUGGCCUCAGCCGGUCUGGCUAUUGGACCCAAGUGUCUGGUGGAGGGUAAAUGGACGUACCCCUUUGAAGAUAACAGCGCAGGCAAUGUCAGCUACAUUACAAACCAGACUCUGUGGACGGUCUGCGAGUACCCUAACAAUGCAGUGAUGUGGCACGUCGUCCUGUUCUUCAUCCUGCUGGCCAUGGGGAUGAUGCAGCUGGUGCUUUGCGGCAUCCAGGUGGUCAACGGCUGCAUAGGGUGCAUCUGCGGUGACUGUCGUGACAGCAAAGACAGAGAGUGAAGAAGAUCGUCCGGGUUGUGACCCGUCUCCACGAGGGCCAGGAGACGUUUCUGCAUUAUUAUUUGCUGCCAGAAAUUUCUCUCUGUGAAACAUGAAUCUGUGUCUUUGAUGGAUGUUUUGUAACAUAUCAAAGACUUACUCCAUUAAUGUGUAAAUUUUAUUCAAGCUGACGGUUUGUGUGUUGUUGUCGACUGACUUAUACUUGGUUGAAUGCCUCUUUAAAAUAAUUUAAAACGUCAUUUCACUGAACUCCACGUGGGACAAAAAAGGAUCAAAGCGUAAUUGUAAAUAAUUUUUUAUGUUUGUUUUAUGCGCUGUGUAUAUCAGUCGCAUGUGACGACGUGACGACAUGGGUGGAUGAAUUUAAAGAUGACGUACUAUUUCCAUGUGUCUUUAUGAUUUAGGAUUUUUGCAGUUGCGAUCACUUCCGUGCGACUUUCAACAUUAAAAACACAUUUUCUCGAUCA